AUGCAGCGCCGGACGGUGAUCAAGGUCCCCUCGUCUCCACUACUUGCACCGCCCACACCAGGCAUCCCGGCCUCCCAGAUCGCGCCAGGGCUGGACAAGCCCGUCUCACGGCUAUCAGCGCGUACAUUCGGCCUGCCAAAUCGAAUAUGGCUCAUCGUUGGCCUCUUCGGUAGCCUCAUACUCUUCACGAGGCUAGUUCUCCCAGCACACACCUCCGAUGCAUCAUACUACUUGCGGUCACAUUCAUCCGCAUACACAUCCUCCCUCAAACCUCACAACUAUCUCAACGCCUCAGGAGCUCAUGGAGAAAAUCCGUUCGCGUUCUGCCCGACAUUCGGGGAGGGAGAUGAGCUCAGCGCGCGAUAUGGCGCAUUGACUAUCAGCCAGAGCUGGUUGCAUCUGGGCAGCGGCGCGCGCAUCCAGAAAGUGUUGCACAAAGCGAUGUUGGGGCAACCUGUAACAAUAUCUGUCUUGGGCGGUUCUGUGUCUGCAUGUCACGGCGCAGGGGACGACCCAAUUGCGGCAGGAUGCUACCCACACCGGUUCUUUGACUGGUGGAACACCGUAUUUCCACAUCCGGCGAGCGAACUCACGAAUGGAGCACUACGAAAGACGAACUCAGAGUACUUUGCCUUCUGUGCCGGCCAUCACCUACCUGACUAUACCGACCUUGUGAUAAUCGAGCUCGACACGGACGACAAAGCAGACAAGCAGACCAUUGAUCACUUCGAGCUUCUCGUGCGCUCUAUCCUCUUACGGCCAGAUUCGCCCGCCAUCCUUCUUCUCGGCCAUUUCUCUCCGCAAAUCCAGGAACAGAAUGGCUUCGCUGGUCCCGAUACCUGGCAUACCGUCGUCGCUCAAUACUACGACAUUCCGCAUGUCUCGACGAAAUCCGCACUCUAUGCACCAUACGUCACCAGCCCGAGCGCGAUAUCUCAAUAUUACGCGGAUCCUAUCCUCGCGAGUACGAAUGGCCACUCUGUCCUCUCGGAUGUUCUCGUCGGGUACAUUCAGAGCCAGGUGUGCACCGCUUGGGCGGCAGUCUCGGGCGGAGGUGCCCAGUUGCCGGUGUAUUACGCACUGGGUGGAGGACCGGAGCAAGAAAAGCAGCCGACUGAUGCACGCAAACUCUUCGGCGGUGCCGGGGUGCGAGGGCCAGAAGAGGACGAGGAGAACCGCGCACCAACGGCACAGGCGCCCUCGGCGCUCGCAGCCCACUUCCGUGUACCUAGCGCCCGCUUGAGCGCACGACCUGCCGACCUCAGCGAACGCGCAUACGAAGAGAUUGCGCCGCACUGCGCCAGCGCGAAUGAUCUUGUCAAUCCGUUGCCGCCCAGCUUGUUCGCCGGUAGCGGAUGGAGCGCCCAUCACCCCUCCGGCGCGGCAGCACGUGGUGCAGCAGAUAGUGCAAGCCAUUAUUGGUUUGCUUCAAUGCCGCAGAGUAGAUUGCGUGUACCAUUACACAUGGGUGCUGGCGAUGUUGGGAUCUACUAUGUACGCGAACCUGCAGCCGUGCUGGGCGCGGAAGGCGGGAGCAGGGUAGCAUGCUGGGUCGACGACAACGUCCAAGGGCGCGUCACAUUCUCAAACAUUGGUUCAGCACUUGAGCCCGAGCCUGCAUUGCAAAUGAUCGACCACUGGGUGGCACGUGGCCCACACUACGUGGAGUGUGAGCUCCUCGGAGAGGAGGGUCAGACGGUCCCGCCCUUCAAAAUCAUUGGCGUCUUCGCGACGUAA